AUGGACGAGCUCCAUGGAGCGAGCGCCGACGAGAUGGACGACAGCCACGAGGAGAGCCUCGAUGAAGGUGCAUCGGACGAAGACUUUGCCCCGAGCAGCGACGACGACGAGGCUGGCAACCCGUCGGACGCCGAGAUGGACGACGUCGAUCGACAUGCAAGGACCCUCGCCACGAGCACGUCAACGACGUCGAGUCCAUCCCGCAGCAGCGACGAGCGCAACGGGAGAAAGGAGCUGCACGCGAUCGCCAUGCUGCGUCGACAGCUCUUUGAGCGCUCGGGCGAGCUCGUCGACGGCCCGAUCUCGGUGCAAGCGCUUGGCGAGCUCAAGCUCGAGACAACAGGGUCCUGGACGACGAGCGAGCUGUUCCCGAUCGGGUACGAGACGCGGGCGCUCGUGGACGGGAUCGCGUGGCGCUGCAGCAUUCAACUUGCAAAGGACGACGCGAAGAAAGGACCUGUCUUCCAGGUGCAGCUCGAGAAGGCGCCCGCGAUUGCGUUCCGCUCGUAUACGACCGCCAAAGCAUGGGCAAAGGCAAUGACGUUCCUCGACGACGCAUCCGAAGACGAGAAGAACCACUGGCGCGAGGCGACGGGCGCGACCUCCGAGACCGUCCACGAUGGGUUUGGUCUGCAACGAGAGAACAUUGCGCGCACGUUGGAAGGUCUUCCGCAUGUGCUUGAAUGCGAUGGCUACCUCUUUUGGGACGCGCGCGACGGCCGUACGAUGAGCGCGACCGACCUCGUGACGCAGAAGGCGGCGCUGACGAAGCAGCUCGAAGCGCAGGACGAAGCACGACAGCGGGAGAAGCGAGCGAUUCGCGCCAAGGCGCGGCAAAUGUACGAAGAAGAAAAGGCGCUUCAAGCCCAGCAAGAGCAAGUGUCUGCAACCAAGAAGCGGCAACAGCAGGCGCUAAAGACGCAGCAGAAGCAGCAAGCAUCGAUGCAAAAGAAGAUCGACGCGCUCCGGCAGCGGCGUCAGCUGCUCAAAGAGCAAGAGGCACUGCGAACGACUGGUAUCAACUGGCGGUCAUCCAUGGACGUGAACAAGACCAAUGUCCUCUUGCAGUUUGUCGACGACGAGAUCGCCAAGCGCAAGGAGCUCGCAGCGGCGCAUACGCGGCAUCUCGCCUUCGUCGCGGCGCAUGACCUGGCCAAAACGCACAUUGAAGCGACGCGGAUCGAGCCGCCACCGCCGACGCCACUCGCCGACCCGGUGUCGCCAUCGAGUGCGACGACACCGUUGGACUUUUUGACGCCGUUUACACCCGACGUACAGCGCCAACUGCUGUGGGUGUGGGACUUUUUGUACCAGUACGCGGACGUGCUCCGGCUCCGGGCGGUGCCGCCGCUAGCCUACUUGUGCCACGUGGUGGCGCUCCACGACGGAUCGCUCCCGAACGGCGACUCGAUCAUGGAAGAGAUGAGCCAUGGCCGGUGCCUCGCGACUCUGCACGUCCUUUUGCUCGACGUGCUGCUCCAAGAGUACACGCCGUACUUGCAGCUCUCGGUUACCGACUACAAGAAGACGCGGCCUCUCAACGUCAUGACGUGGGUCGAAGUCGCACGCCACGUGUGCAUGGUAGCGUUCGACGUGGACCGCGGCGAUGUCGACGGCAACUUUAUCAAAAUGCUCAAGGGCAGCAAGUCGUCCAAUGAAAGCAGCGUCCUGCCGAUGCGCGAGACGCUCAUCAGCCGCGGCCGCGAGCUCCUCGCCGCCAACCCGGCCGCUGUGCCGGCGCUGCCGCCCACGAUGACCGAGGCCGCGUCGCCGCCGCCUACGAUCGAGCCCUGCUAUAGCCUUGUCGUUCCUGCACUGUGGGAUGCGUGGGGCCUCACGUGGACACAAGUGGACGGUACGAUACGCGUCGAGCGCGUGCCCGAGACGGCCGACGCUGCACUACGAGACAAAGUUGGCAUCAACGACCAACUUCUCUGCAUCAACGGCAUCGAGAUCCCACCGCUGACGAGCUUGCAAGAGCUGGACGAGAUGGUCGAGGACAUGACAGCGCCGUUUGGGUGCAUUUUUGCCAAAGCAGAGCUCGUGGCGUCCGUGCCAGCCAAGCCGAAAGCGUCAAGCACGUCGAGUAAACUCAAACGACUCGGAACGGUGCUCAAGAUCCUGCAAGCCAAGGACGCUGCGCAGCCGUUUAGCCACCCCGUCGACGCAGAUUUGUAUCCUGACUAUUAUACGAUCAUCGCCGAGCCCAUGGACCUCGGAACGAUCGAAGACAAGAUUCGAGACAACGAGUACGACGGCGACGACGACGUCGAUGGUGUCGUUGACGACGUCCAGCUCAUUUGGAAGAACUGCUACGAGUACAACGGCGAGCAGGCCGACAUCUCGAAGCUCGCGCGAAAGCUCUCGGCGGCCUUUGACCGGCUGUGCCGCGACUUUGUACACACAGAGGCAUCCAACUUUUCUGCCAAGGUCGAAGACACGUGCCGCCAGUGCCACGGCGUCUUUUUGAAAGCGCAGCUCCUUCUCUGUGACCGGUGCGAUGCGCCGUACCACACCGUGUGCACGUCGCCUCCGCUCGCGUCGAUUCCGAAGGGCGAGUGGUACUGCCCCGACUGCGCGCCGCUGCAGCCUCCGCCGCCUGAAAAGUCGGAGGACGACGUCAGCGAAAGUGACUUGGCGCAGUUCGAGUCGGGCCUUGCGCACGUUGUUCGGCUCUUGUCUAAGGACUCGUACGCGGAGCUGACGCUCGAAGACCGCCUUCUUGUGCUCACGACGCUUUGCGAACUCGUGCAAUCGACGUCGGCCGUGCAGAGUAUCAUGCAUAUCGUCGAAGACCACGCCGAGGACCAGCGCCGGGCACUCGCAGCCUCGUACGCCGACUGUGUCCGUGACUGGAGCCGAUUCGGCCAUGUUCGACUCCCGAGCGUUCGAGCCACCGAGACGCUGACCAUCGACGGUGAGCCGCGCGACCUCUCGGACGACCUCCUCGCAUAUCUCAAGGCGAGGUGCCACGCGCAGCUCGAGCACACGUCGCUGCCCGCGCCGUUCGACUUUGACGAGUCGACGGUGAAAGCCGAGCCUCAGAGCGACUACUACUCGCACAGCGAGGACGAAGAGGAAGACGAAGACUGGGCAGUGGCCAUUCUGGAAGCGCAUGGCGACGCUAAAUUGAUGGCUCAUGGGCUGCCAACAGAGUCGAUCGAUGACAUUGACGCGCGAGUGUGUAUCGCUUGCCAGCAACCCGCUGGUAGUGUCCUCGGGCCGCUAGAGGCAGCGUGGCAGGCGCCCGAGACACUUUGCGUCUCGAAGACACUUGCGACGUUUUCAGAGCCGACGCUGGACGUCGAGUGGAACAUUUGCAUUUGGGCCGAUGACGCGCUGCCGUUUGAGGGCGUUGUGCUGGAAAGCGACGGGCAGCUCGUCGUGUCGGGGGCAAACGACGGGUCGGGUCUCACGGACGGCGACGUGCUUCUCGGUUUUGAUGCCUUCCAAGUCCCGCUGAACGCCGACGCCCCGCGUAUUCUUGAGCAACUUCGCACAACGUCGCGCCCGCUGGUCGUCUACUCUUGUGCCAAGAGCGCCGUCGUACCCCGGUCCGAGUACGCGCUCGUGCAACUGCCAAGUGUCUCGUUGGAUGCGCCAUCACUCGUUGAGACAAGUGGCCACGUGCAUCUCCCGGGAACGCUCACGGGGUUCUGCGCUCUCAGCGGCGUUUUCUUCCCGUGGGAUGUGGUGUAUGCGAUCAACGGGUCGCGCGUGACGUCGGCCGCGACGGCCAGUGAGCUCUGGCGACCACAAAGCACGGUGCUUCUUUUACGCAACGCGUUUCCGCGCCGGCAUGGUCCGAUGGUUCCGACGUUGCCGUCCAAGAUGUCGCCGGACGCGGUCGCGUCACAAAUCCUGCAGUGCCAUGCGUACGAAGUCCAGUUUGCACCCGGACCGCUCGGUCUCGCGCUCGAGCUUGAGCACCACAAGGUAUAUGUGCGGUCGCUCACGGCCAUGAGCCAAGCGACGGCGAGCAAGUGCAUCGAGCCAGGGGACCUCAUUGUAUCGCUUCAAGGCAAGUCCCUCGGGCAACUCAAAGAGCUCACGGAUUUUACGGAUCUCAUUCGACGCCUUCCGCGCCCGAUCACGCUCGGUUUCGUACGACCUGGCGCCGCACCGGCGCCGUCGUCGUCCGAGGGCCGCCCACCCCACACGACCUACUUGCUCGCGGCGCACCUUGUCCGGUGCGAGAUCAUCGACUUUGACAACCGGCUCAUUGUGCGCUCGACGGGCGGCGUGGCCCUUCCUGGAGUCGCGCCCGGCGAUACGCUCGUGCAGCUCAAUCGCGUCGAUAUUUGCGGUAUGCGCCUCGCAUGGCUCCAGUCGCUGCUUCAGCAACUGCCGCUCGAGAAGGAAAUGGAAGUGACCGUGCUGCCUCGGAUCCCAGCAGACGUUGACGUUCAAAUUCACGCGUCGUGUGUCAACGUUCUCAACGACGCUCUUGAGGCAGCCGACGAUAUACACGCGAAGCUGCUCGCAACCAAGUCGCUCGAGUCGUUUUUGCGUCACGUCGGGCCGCGCACCAUGACGGUCGGGAACGAGUACUUUCACUUUGGUGGCGACCCGCGAGUUUUGUAUCGGUUCCAUGACGGCGUUUGGUCCAAGAUUCUGCAGGUGGCGGCGUACACGGCGGCAAUGGACGACAAAGCGCUUGCGGCACGACUGGACGCGCUUUGUGCGCCGAUUGCGUUGCCCAAAACCGGUCCGUUCUCGAUGCGUCCGCUUAUUUCGUCGGUCGGCGACCCGGUGGUGCAGCACGAAGCGUACGUGAUGUUUUGCGGCCGGCAGUACUACCUCGGGACGUUUGGGUCGCUCGCGGAUGCUGAAAAGGCGUACAGCGUCUGUUGUCUGCGCUACGAGUCACACCAGCAAUUUCUCGCGCCGUUCACCAACUCGACGUUUCCGCGAUUGCAGCUGCCGACGCUCAAGGCCGAAGACAUGCUCCGGCGGCUCGCGGGCACGCGGCGCCACGAGUCGCUCUUGACGCUCGAGCUGCAAAAUUUGCUGCGGUACAGCAUUCGCGCACGAGCACCGCCGGUCAAGCCGCCGCAGAUCUCGGUGCCGCGCCCCAGGCCGUCGCCGAUGCAAUUGCAGCAGCAGCAGCAGCAACAACAACAACAACAACAGCAACAACAGCAUCAUCGCCAUAUGCAGCAGCAACAGUACCAGCAAAUGCUCCAGCAGCAGCAGCAGCACGUGCACCAGCCGCAACUGCAGCAUCAGAUGCAAAUGCAGCAGCUCCAGCUGCAACAGCAGCAGCACCAACUGCAGCUUCAACAACAACAGUACCAGCAGCAGCAGUACCAGCAGCAACAACAGCAGCUGCAACACCAGCACCAACAACAGCAGCAACUCCAGCACACCAAGAAGCGUCCAACACCGUCGUCGUCCCCGCCGUCAUCGACCCACGCGUCGCCGUCGCAGAAGAAGCAAAAGACAAAAGAGUCGCGUCUCUUGCAGCAGAUUCAGGCGCUGGAGGAGCACAAGAGCCUCGUGUCGCAAGCGUGGUCCAACCUGUAUCACGGCAAGUCGGCCGAAACGAGUGCGGGUCUCAUUUCAGGGCUGCAGAACACGCUCACGGCGCUUAACGUGCUGGCAACGCACCUCUCGCGGCACCCAGGCGACGCGCCCAACCCGCUCUCGUUUGUCGCACUGCACCACGCCGUCGUCAUGGUCAUCGUGUCGAUUUUGCUGUUGCAAGCGAUGGCAAAGGCGCCGUCGACGCCGUUUUCGCCCAUGGAGCUUCAAGUGUUGCAAAGCGCGUGUCACGUUGUGCUUUCGUCGCUGGAUGCGACGAUGCACCCGACCCGACACGACGUUGCGAUUGGAAAGUGCGUCGGGUUCUACAACGCGCUGAGCGGCUGGAGCACCCACGCGCUCGUGCCGCCCGACGUGCAGAACAUGUUGAGCACGAUCCAGACGUUCUUCCUCUCGUCGCUCUAUUUGCACGACGCCAACGGCGCGCUGCAGCCAAACUCGACGUGUCGCCCACUCUUUGCCAUGCUGAGCACGUCGCAGCCCAAGCAGCACUUUACGCCGCUGCCGAUCAUGCUCACGCAGGAGCUUUGGAAACUCCAGACGUGUCAGACCGCGUACGAGAAGCAGGUCAAGAAAAUCAUGAAGGGUGCUGUUGCCGCAUCUUCGCCACCGCCAGAGCCGACCAAGCCGCAUGAAAACCCGGGCGCGAUCCCCAAGUACCCGCCAACGGCACAGCCCAACGGUGUGCCGCCAACGAACCCGAGCCCGGACGACGUGGUCGUGAGUUUUACGCACGGGCCGCUCGGCAUCAUCAUCCAGCAAGAAGUCGACUCGAUCAUGGUGUCGUCGUUUUCGUCGGAUCCGCAAGGCCAAGCGAUCAAGAGUGGCGUUGUCAACAUUGGAGACAUGAUCGUCGCCGUCAACCACGAGCCCGUCUCUGUCAUCGGCAUCGAAGGGUUCAAACAGGCUGUGACGUCCGGCAUCCGGCCGCUCUUGAUCACGUUCCGACGCCAAUCCAACGCGGCACCACCGGCCAAAGCACCGGCCGCGAACGCGACGCCAGCGCCUGCGCCAUCCGAGACCGACAAACUGUCGCUGCCGAUGGACCCGGCGUCAGCGUUUGGCCCACUUUUCGACGCGCCAAGCCAGGGAUAUCUCAAUGGUGCGCCGCCCAUGGGGUACUUUGCAGCGCCAAACACGGAGUUUGCCGAUUUCACGCCCGCGCCGAUGCUCAACCCGAUGAUGUAUGGCCAAGGCAUGUACCCGGCGCCCGACGCCACGGCGAUGUGGGCCGCCACCGAUCCGACGGCCAUGUAUGCAGCCUCCAACGGUGCAACAACGGCGGCACCCAACAACAUGUACUACAACAUGUACGCCGCUCCGUUCCCGGGGUUUGAGAUGCAAGCGCCAACGCAAGGGGCCGAGUUCCACCCGUCCUCGGCGUUUUUUGAUCCGCAGUUUUACAACCCGCAAGCGUUCCGGUCGGGGCCGCCAGGCGUUGACUUUGUUGCCAACACGGGCUCGGCCAAGAAACCACCGGUGAAGAAGACUGAGUCGACGCAUCUCGCGAGCCUGUGUGGGCGCCGCUCGUCGCGCGUCUCCAAAAAGCCCGACUCGGUGCUCGCGACCAAUGUCGCGCUACCCGUUUCGACCGCACACUAUGUCGCUGGUGCCGGCCACCAAGGCGAGUGGGCUACCGACAGCGUCCCGGGUCUCCAAAAGGUCGAGGGUGACGGGCACCUGAUCGCUCUCUUGAAGGCGCAGCUACUCGCGAUCGAGGCCGCACUCCCCCGCGACGCCUUCCGUGACGGCAAGUGGACGACACCGCUGCGCGUGGCGUGGGCUGAAAUGGUCGUGCGCGGCAGUGGCGCCAAGUCGCUCCUCGAAGCUGCGUUCGUGCUCGAGUGCCAUGUUGACAGUGAGUUUCUCGACGCACAGUGGAAGGCGCAGCCGCUUUUGACGCCCAAAGCGAUGCUGUCGACCGCCACGCUGGCAUCGGCGGCAAUGCGUAUCCACGCCCUCGACGACGCGCUCUCGUACAUCAAGCCAAUGAAGAAGCCAGUGCCGAAGCGCAAGGCGGCGCCGGUGCCCAUGCAACCGCCGCGGCCGUCGUCGGCGGCCGUGUACGCUGGCAUGCCGACUUGUCCAGAACUGCUCGCGCUGAGUCCCGCCGUGGCCGCCCAGGCACGCAACCGAAUGCAAGCCAGUCUCGCCCUCCCAGCGACCACCGAAGUCUAUCACAAGACAAUGCAAGAUCUGCGCGCCAUGACGCAGCUUCCGGACGCCGCGCUUCAAAAGUGGUAUGCCCAGUGCCGCGAAGCGCAGCAGUCGGUUAGUGCAAGCAGCAGUGCAGCUCCCGUGCCAGCGGCCACGGACGACCUCAAGCGCAAGUUGCCGUCGGCCGUGUCGUCGUCGACGUCGGGGUCGGUCACGAACGUGGCGAUGAAAAAGGCCAAGCUACGAGGUCGGAAACCAAAGAACCUCGAGUACCGAUUUGUAAUGGAGACGGGCCACUACGGCAUCCCACCUGCGGUGGCCAACGACCCAAAGCUCCCAGAACGGCUCCAGCUCCUCCUCGAGACUCUCAAGAAGAACCCAGUCGCAGGCCCGUUCUUGCAGCCUGUUGACACGGCCGUGGUGCCGACAUAUAGCUCAGUGAUUGGCUGCCCGAUGGACCUGCACACGAUCGAGACCAAGCUGCGACAAGGCGCGUACACCAGCCAGUACGGCAACUUGUGCCUCGACAUGGAUCGCAUCUGGACCAACUGCUUCACGUUCAACACACGCCAGGCGGAGCUCUCGUUGAUGGCCCGGCGGCUCCGGUCUGUCUUCCAUCGGCUCUUUGAGGCGUGGGUGCAGAAGACGCCGCCAGGGACGCCCGCGACAGCGCUUCCGAGCGAUGAGCAGUGCCGGAGCUGCAAGCGCGACGAGCGCAUAACAGAGCUUUUGCUCUGCGACUCGUGUGACGCAGCAUACCACACGUUUUGCAUCGGCCUCGCCGAGAUCCCGUCCGGCAACUGGUACUGCGGCAGCUGCGUCGAGAACCGCGAGCUGCACUGAAAAGACCCAUAGGAGUAGUACUAACAAGUAAUCGUAUAUUAAACCACCAUACUACGGCGGACGCUUAAAGUACAGUCAUUAUAAUACCUCCGUUGUGAUUAAUGCACUCUAAUCCUACCAGUCGAUCCACUAGUGCUAGAG